AUGCCCCCUCGACGGUACUCCAACCCUCUCCCUCUGCCUCAACCAAUCUCUCGAAGUUUCUCUCAACGUCGUAAUCUAUGUUUCCUGGUCCUCAGUCUAUUCGCACUAUCAUUCCUCAUAUUGGGACUCCAUCCGAAAGUUCAACAGGGUUCAUUGGACAAUUUGGACAGGUUCAAAGAAUGGUCGAGCGAUAAAGCACAAGGUAUAGUAGACGGUUUGCCAAAUCAGGUAAAAGGUUGGUUGGUUGACUUGCAAAAAGUUGAACCGAAGGAAUGUAAGGGAUUCAAUCCCCUAGAUUCGGAGGAUCAAGAUCCACCUGGAUGCUUCAAAGCUAGACAGUACAGACAGACUAUGAGAGUUUUGGAGAGGGAAGAGAAAUCUGAACAUCCCCACUGGUAUUUCACCAAACAGCAUAAUAUCGAUACUCUCCGAAAUAUCUCGGAAUGCUUCUUACCAGUCAUAGAUCCAAAUUGGAAACCGUGCCAUGAGAAACCAUUGAUAUUGUCUGGAUGGUGGUACACCGCUGAAGUGAUAACGGGGGCAACGACUGGUGAAGUGAUUUGGCAAAGUUCAGUGACAAAACAACUUCGAAUGCUCGGGUACUCUUUCAUCGCCGUGGGACCUUACCUCAACUGGAUAGAAGUAGCAGAGAUGAUGCCAGAUGUGUACCAUCUUAUCUGGAACAGUGAUCAGGAUACCGUAUCUUGCGUUACCGAUCCCCGAUGUAUAGCGAAAGAUCAUUACACCCCUCCGGAAAAUGCAGAGGAUCUAUCGAUAGGUGUACCCGAUGAAGAGAGGGGUGUUAUACCCAUAUGGGCAUUAGCAAUCGUCGAUUAUUGGGGAUCUAGACCUCGUGAAACUUCAAAUAAUCGAUACUGGUGGGGAUUGACGGAAGAUGGCGACUGGAGCUAUCAUCCCCUAGGACAAGAAUGGAUAGCUACGCCCUGGCCUCUACCAGGUGGUCAUUUUCAUCUACCAUACUCCCUCGAAGAAUAUUGUUUGAAGAUGCCCGUUAAGCCUCAUGAAGAACGGAGGAACGCUGCCUUGAUUCUAGCAAAGAGGUCUUCAUACUUCCACUACCACUAUGUUUCUCCUCCCGAAUUCUGGACCAGCCUAUCUCAAGUACCUGAUUUCGAACUUCUCUCAACGGUAGAGGAAGAAGAGGGAAACCCCUUACCUGAUGGAUUGGUCACGAUGGGUAAACAGACCAGGGAAGAUUACGAAACUUUGGUAGCGAGUGUAAAAGCUCUGGUGGGAAUGGGUGCCCCACCUAUUAGUCCGAGCAUAUACACUUCUUUAUGUCAAGCUACACCUGUCGUCAUACCGUAUUUCCAGCAGGAUUACAGGAUGGACGGAUGGUGGCUCUAUUCUAGCUGGUCACAACAUGGUCCAGCUAUUGCUAUAGGCGAACCAUACGUGUACAAGUAUUUCGCUCAUAAUUAUACGGAUCUUGAAGAUGCCGUGAGGAGAGCUAUGUCGACGUCAAUAGAGAGGUACAUACCAGACGAUAUGAAGCUCCCCUACGCCCUUUCACAAUUAGGUAAAUACCUCUCCCGAGAUCUCAAAGCGAUGUUUGAUGAAGUGGUCAAGAACAAUGAGGAUAAGAUACCUAAAUUGAAGAAGGGUACUAGGGAGAGAUGUUAUGAGAUUGAUAGGUGUAAGAAGAUGUUGGAAGUGGGUAGGAUACCUAGUGUGCCUCCAAAGCUUGUAGAUUAUACAGCGGAGGUGAAAAAGGAGAUUUAG